CGGCGGCGGCAGCGGGAACGGCAGCGACGGCGGCGGCGGCGGCGGGGACCGCAGGAGCGGUGGUGCUGUCAGUUAGGCCGUCGGAGAAAUGGGAGACCCGGGGUCGGAGAUGAUAGAGUCUGUCCCUCCAGCUGGGCCUGAGGCAUCUGAGGCAACGCCGGAUGAAAAUGAAGAUGACAUUCAGUUUGUCAGUGAGGGACCAUCAAAACAUGUUCUUGAAUACAUUGUUCUGGUCUGUGGUGAUAAUGAAAAGCCUAGCACCUGUCAUAGCAAUAUUCUGUUCCCUAAAAUGCCAAAACGACAGGGAGAUUUUUUGCAUUUUUUAAAUGUGAAGAAGGUGAAAACAGACACAGAAAAUAAUAAUAGCAAAAAUCAUUGUGGAUUGUCUAAGUCGAAGGAAUCAGAUUUCAAAUAUGUUGAACAGCCAAUCAUUGAGGAAAAUCCAUCAUAUUCAUCCAAGGAAGAAACAGAUAAUCUUGUGCUUCCAUAUUGUUGGAAUGAAAAACAAGCAUUUAUGUUUACAGAACAGUACAAAUGGCUUGAAAUUAAAGAAGGUAAAUUAGGAUAUAAGGAUUGUUCAGUAGUUCAGCAUUUGGGAUCAAAAGCGGAAAAGCAUGUCCAUGUGUCUAAGGAAUAGAUUGCAUAUUUAGUAACCCCUAAUCACAGUAAUAAAACUACUAGACAGGCUUCUCUGCAGAAGAAAAUUAGGGAACACGAUGUUUCUAAAGCUCAUGGUAAAAUUCAGGAUUUGUUAAAGGAAUCAGUUAAUGACUCAAAUUCUGAUUGAGUGCAUAAACAAAAUAAUAAAAAUAUUGAUGCUACUGUAAAAGUUUCCAAUACUGUUUACAGUUUAGUAAAAUACAAUAGACCUUUAUCUGAUAAUGAGGGGGUAAUAGAAUUACAAGAGAAAAAUAGAGAGGUCAGCUGUUUAAAUACAUGAUACAGUGCAGCAAGAAUAGCAGAACAUAUUGGAAAAGAAAUGAAAAUGAAGAUAUUUAAGAAUAUUAUAAAAGAGAAUGCCAAAAUCUGCAUCAUAAUUGAUGAGGCAUCUACAGUUUCGAAGAAAAGCACUCUAGUGGUUUAUCUCCAGUGCACAGUUCAGUUGGCUCCCACACCAGUUAUGUUAUUUGUUGCUUUAAAAGAAUUGGUAAUUUUCAAUUGUAUUUUCAAUACAAUAUUGAGUUCUUUAAAUGAUUGUGGGUUUACUAAUGAAUAUUUGAAAGCAAAUUUAGUUGCAUUUUGUCCUGAUGGUGCUAAUACAAUUCUGGGAAGAAAAUCUCAAGUAGCUACAAGAUUGUUGGAAAAUUUCCCUAAAAUCAUUACUUGGAAUUGUUUAAACUAUCGAUUUCAGUUGUCACUUGAUGAUUCAAUAUCUGAAAUAAAACAACUAUCUUUUAAACUACUUCUUGAUAAAAUUUAUUCCACUUAUCACCACUCUAAUAAAAAUCAAAACAAGCUUUUAGAAAAUGUAGCUAAAGAUCUUGAUAUUGAAAUUAUUAAAAUUAGCCGGGUAAUGGGACCAAGAUGGGUGGCAUGUGGUUUUUAAGCUGCUACUGCUGUAUGGCGUGCAUAUCCUGUGUUAUAUAAGCAUUUUUCUAUUUACUCUGGUUUGGCAAAGAGAUUAGCUAACAUUCAUUUUUUGCAAGACCUUGCUUUAAUGAUUGACAUUCUUCAAGAAUUCACUGCAUUACUGUCCAGAUGAACUAACAUUCAGAAAGCACAAAAAUUGAUCAAAUGUACCAUAAGAGCCUUGGAAAAUUUAAAAACUGGUACUGGAAAGCAUGAGUGUCAAAUUGAAGGUUUGAUUAAGUCAGAUAAGUAAGAUAUUCCAUUUAGUAAAAAUAAUAAAUUUAAUGCUCUUCCUAAGUGUAUGUUACUAGAAAACAUAAUUGAACACAUGCAUUUACAUCUUAUAACUGACAGAAACCAUGAUGAAAGUAUUUUUAAUUAUUUUGACUUGCUAGAACCCUCUACAUGGCCUUAUGAAGAAAUGACUUCACCAUGGAUAGCUGGUGAAAAAAAAUUAUUUCAUCUAUGUGAAAUUUUAAAAUACGAAAUUGAUUUGAAUGAUUUUCGGGAAUUUGUAAAUAAUAUAAAAUCUAAUAGUGUUUCAAUUCCUACAACUAUACAAAUAGCUAAAAAGAUAGUUAACACUAUUGCCAUCAAUAAUGUUGAAGCUGAAAGAGGUUUCGAUUUCAUGAACAUAAUUCGUACAAGGGUGAGAAGUAGUUUAACAAUAGAUCACAUAUCAUAUCUAAUGACAAUAAAUUUAUUGGGGAAAUUGCAGAUUGCGAUGCAACUCCCAUUUGUAAAGUCCUGGUCAAACUGUAACCACAGAUUGGCUAAUACAAGAGUUAGGCAAAAAUCAACAAAAGCCUUCUAUGAUAAUCAGUUGGCUAUAUGGAACUUAUAAUAAAGGGUAUUAUAUGUUUUUAUCAUUUGUAAAUUGUGUGCUACACACCUUAAAAAAAUUUUUUUGAAACCCCAUUGUUAAACUUUCAUUGACACAUUUAAAAGGCAUUUUCCAAAGAGAGAAAGUUGGUUGUUUUUAGGAACUAUAUAGUUUUUUUAGAGAUUGGCCCAUGUCUACUAGAGUAGGCCAUGAUGUAUAUUAUAAGGAGUCCUGUAGAGAACAUUCAACCAUUUCCAUUUCUGCUGCCUUACUUUUAGUAAGAAUGCAAGAGUAACAACCCAGAUAAGUUCAAAACCCUGGAAAUUGUAUAAAAUAAAUGAAAAAUGGAAUAAAAAUUGCAA